GUGUAUGUAUCUGUAUGGCCCAGCAAGUAACAGGAACACGAUACAGUACGUCAUCCAUGAAUCAACAUGGCUACUGCGAGUGAUCGCAGCAGGACGGCCGCUCAAAUGAAGGAAGAGAAAAAAGAUGGGAACGAAAAGGAGAAUAUUUGGGCUUCUGUUUUGAGUGAAGUGCAGCUCAAGGGAACCAACAAAUUAUCUCCAAAUCAGCAAGUAGUUGUCAUUGGUGAUAGAGAAUCAGGCAAAACCACACUUGUUGCAAAGUUGCAGGGCAAUGUUGAUCCCAAAAAAGGGUCUGGUCUAGAAUAUGCAUACAUUGACGUCAGAGAUGAGUACCGAGAUGAUCACACCCAUUUGGCUGUUUGGCUGCUGGACGGCGAUGCGAGCCAUGCUCACCUGCUUCGUUAUGCGUUAACAGAGGAAACCUAUUCCUCGACCCUAUUGAUGUUGACAGUUUCGAUGACGACUCCAUGGGCGAUGCUAGAUCAGUUACAUGAAUGGGCGUCCCUGUUACAAGACCACAUAGACAAGCUCCCCUUUUCGGCCGAAGCCAUCAGGGAAUACCAGCACAAAUAUGUCCGACGAUGGCAGGAAUACGUGGAACCGGGCGACGAAUUAGAAACGGCUCAGCUGCGACGGACAUCUAGACAUGUAGAUGGAGAAGAGGAAGGCAUGGAUCACCUGCUUCCCCUUCCCGAAGGAGUCCUUACGCGCAAUCUCGGCCUGGAUAUUGUCGUUGUUGUCACAAAGACGGACUAUAUGGCGACUCUAGAGAAAGAUCUGGACUACAAAGAGGAGCAUUUCGACUUUAUCCAACAACACUUGCGCAAGUUUUGCUUGCAAUAUGGCGCUGCGCUGUUUUAUACGUCAGUGAAGGAGGAUAAGAACUGCGAUUUGCUCUACAAAUACCUCGUGCACAGAAUAUAUGGAUUAGUGUUCCCAACUCCUGCCUUGGUAGUUGAAAAGGACGCAGUUUUCAUUCCUGCCGGAUGGGAUAACGAUAAGAAAAUUGCAAUCCUCUAUGAGAAUCUGCAGUCCAUGAAGCCGGAUGAUGACUAUUCGGAUGUCAUCAAUCGGCCUACAACACGUAAACCGGCCCCCCGCGAGGCUGAGCUUCAUGCCGAAGAUGAACAGAACUUUCUUUCUCGUCUGUUGCAACAACUGCAGCAGCAACAGCCAGCUCCUGUUGGCAUCUCCGGUGCAGUCAACGGUUCAACAGCUUCGCCUACACCAGCUGGAACAGGUGUCAAUUCCCCUUCUGCUGGAACCCCUAUCCGAGGGGUUCAAGUCCAAAAGCCUGUUGAUCGUCGUAGUUCCUCUUCGGCCAUUCCUAAUCAAAUGGAUCCCAUAAAGACUGGAAUCACUGGCACAUCCGAAGGUGUAUUGGCCAACUUCUUCAAUUCGCUGUUGAAGAAGUCAUCGUCAACAGCCCCACCGGCUGGCAUGCUUCAAACUGGAGAUCGAGUCAGCGUGUCCAAUUCUGGCGCUCCUGCUUCGGGAAAUGAAGGUUCUCCCGUUCCCGGCUCUCCGGACAAACUGAAUUUGGUGAGUCGGCCGGGAGAAGUGGCCGCCGAGCUUGACCGGUUGGCUCAGUCUGCCUCUUCCAGGCUCAAUCCAAUACCACCAGUGCCCGUCUCGACCAAUGUGGAUAACUCCUCAUCCGAAUGCUGAUCUUGUUUACCUGCACCACACCUUUUCGUUUCCCUCCCUCACCCAAGACUCUCAAAUCGGCGUAAUUGUUUAUCCCUUUUCCUAGAUUUUUCUAAUUUAAUUCAAGUCGCGAUAUAUUGGAUUUGAUGUACUGGGUUGAUUUUUUUUUCUUCCAGUCCUGCUCUUGUAUUGUUCAUUUUUUUUUAUUACGUGCCUACAAGCCGGUCGUAAUGCUAAAGGAAAACCCAGACGCGAGCUAAGGGAGAGGUUAAAAUUAAUUAAUUUAAUGAUUCUGCAGCUUAUUCUAUUCAACAUUUCUGUAAAUAACCAGAAUGAAAACAUCAACAUGUCCUCAGUCCUUUGA